AUGUACCAGUCGCUCGCCCAUGACCAGCAGCUGUUUCCGUCCCCCACGCUGCGCAUGGGCUUUAGGAGCGACCUCCUGCCCUUCCUGACCGUCGGAAACGUCGUCUCCAUCUCCGAAGGUCGAGGUUCUCUCUGCGUGCCACCUACGGCCUCGAAAAGAGCGUCUUCUGACUGCGUUUCAACGACGACUUUGCUCAUGUUCCGAGGCAUUGGAGCCGGAGUCGCCUGGACGAUUGGGGUAGAUGGCUACGCACUAGCGAACAAAACCAGUGCAGAGUGGCAGCAGCAAGUAGCUGCUCAUCCAGUGUCUAGCGUAUCGCGCGAAGUUGCCAAGUCACUAGCGCGGCUCAGUGUCCGCAACAUGCUGGGCUUUGCCACUUUCUUGGGCAUCUUCAGCGGUGUGAGCUGUGCACUGGAAAAAGGUCGAGGGAAGAGUGACUUGCUCAAUCCAUUUGUAGGGGGAUGUACAGCUGGCACGGUCAUUCUGCCCAGAGAGCUGCGGAAUCCACGUACUCUUCUGACUGCAGCCAUUCUGUGCGGAUCAGCUUCUGUGGCGCUGCAUUACUUUAUCCCGAGUGGAGACAAGAAGAACGAGAGUGUUGUAAUCGAGACGCGAUAG